AUGCGUCGCGAGGCUGUAUUAUUGGAUAAUAUGUUGGCGUUAAAAACUUCAGAAGCUGGUACAUCAGAUUCAAAUCCAAUUAAUACAAUGAAAAAUAAUUCUAAUGUUAUCAGUAAUUAUUUGCAAAAUACUAAUCCUUUAUCCAUGCGCCAAAUUGCUGAAAUAGAUGCACAAUUGAUCAAGAUGAUUGCAAAAGAAUAUCAUUCAAUGCAAAUCAUUGAAGGGACUGAAUUUAGAAUGCUAUUGAAGUUGUUAAAUCCAAGAUAUAAUGUACCGAAUCGAGAAACAUUGGCUAAAACUUUAUUGCCACAGAUGUAUGAAAAAGAAUUAAAUAUAGUGUGUGAAAAAAUAGCAAAAACGACUUCAAUAUGCUUCACAACUGAUGCGUGGACAUCAAUAACUAAUGAUAGUUAUAUGGCAAUAACGGCUCAUUAUAUGGGUGAAAAUGGUAAUUUAUGUGUUAAUUUAUUAUGCUGCGUGCAAUAUAAUGAAAGACACACCAGUAUAAAUGUAAGCAGUUUCUUAAGAAAUGAAUUAAAUAAAUGGAAUUUAUCGGACAAAAUUGAGGCCGUGGUAAGCGAUAACGCGCCAAAUAUAGUUGGGGCAAUAAAUAUUGGAGGAUGGCCCCAAAUAGGUUGCUUUGCGCAUGCAUUAAAUCGUGUCGUUUUAUCAGGAAUUACUGAAAUACAAGUAAUUAUUACAAAAAUAAAACAAGUGGUAGAAUAUUUUAAAAGAAGUUCACAAGCGCAAAUAAAAUUGUUAGAAAUGCAAAAACAACUGAAUUUGCCAGCGUUGAAACUGAAACAACAUGUGAUAACAAGGUGGAAUUCAACGUACGAUAUGUUGAAUCGUAUUCACGCAAUUAAAGAAGCUGUAAUCGCAACAAUAGCGCUUAUUAGAAACUUUCAUAAAGAUAGAGAAACAAUACCGAUUAUUAAAAAAAUGGUAAAAAAUUUAAAUGAUGCCAUGCGUAAAAGGUUUUACGACAAAUGUAACGUGGAAUCAAAUAAAUUAUAUGCUGAAGCUACAAUACUAGAUCCCAGAUUCAAGAAAAACGGAUUUAGUGAUAUAACAAAAUAUGAGAAAUCAGUUGCAAAUUUAACUAGCU